UUUUUGUGUUAAAAUAAUCUUUUGGAUCCUUCAAGCUCAAAUAGACAACACACAUUUUAGCUAUACACAACGUUCACUCUUCCCUAUGGCUGUUCAACAGAAUUCAACUCUCAUCUAUGAUAAUUUAGAUGAUUGUCCGUCGUUGCUAAAAGAGACCGAAGAAUUAAGUCGUUAUAGCCCUAUCUUGCCAUUGAAACGUGAAAAUAAUAUUAUGAAAUAUCAAGAAAAACAACUUGACAACAACAAUAAUAAUGACAAUAAAAAUUCUCGAAUUAAAGAUUUACAAAAAUGUAGUAAAUACGCCAAAAGUAGCCAUAAUAGAAACUAUGCUGCAAGUAGCUGCAGCACCAAAUCCGGUCGGAGUCGUACUAUAUCGUUAAGUGGCGUAAACAGUACAGAGGCACAAGGCCACAAAGAAAUACCUAUUUGGUUGGGUGAGGAGCCACGUUAUGUGUCCGGCGUGAAUAGUCGCACCACCUGCACUGACAUUAUCAAAGCGCUGAUUGAUGAUGAAAUUCGUAAUGGAGGCAAUCACGAUUAUUGUGCCAAUCGUAACAAAUUUGACGCAGCAUCGCGUGACUACACCGAUUACGUUAUAACGGAGUGUUGGCGCGGUAUCGAACGUAGCUACGAUGGUAAUAUGGCAAUUUUGCCCGUUUGGAAGGCCUGGAGUCGUGUACACAAUGAGAUACGUCUUAGCCUUAAACACAAACAGGAUGUCGCUGAACCCGCACCGCCAAAACAAUGCAAAAAUUGGCUACAGUCGCUACGAAAAUAUUUUGCCAAAUUAUGGAAAUUCACGAAACGAAAUAAUAAAACUCUACCCCCACCUGCUGCAAACAAACAACUAAGCCGAUUACUACCCAUCGAGGAAGAAGCGGACUGUCCCGACGAGAUUGUAUUUAUAUUAUUGCCCGAUAAGAAAUAUGAUAAUUUAACGGAACCGCAACCGGAAAACAGUAAACACCUACAAGCAACCGCAAACAAUGUAAACGAUCCAUCAACAAAAGCAGAGAUGUUAAAAAAGAAACUCUACAGUCUCUCCGAGACACGUGUAUCGAUGUGUCGCAAAAAGCGUUUUGUUGGGUGUAAAACGCCCAAGAAGAGAAAAGCGUGUACAAAACAAAGUGAAAAUGUUGCCAACGUACCGCAAAUAGCGGCAAAUAAUUGUAUACGGCGUCGCAAAGAUGCGCCUUUACGUAAUUCCCUACGUCAUAAGUUGGCACAGAAGACGAACGAAAUCGAUACGCUCUACAAACGUGAAUAUGAGCUAACGAAACGUUUAACGCAUAAAUGUCAACUCUAUAAGGAGCAUAAUGAAUUAUACACCAAGGCGGAUCAACAAAUGGAAAUCUCUAUUGGUGAAAUACAACGAAGUGUUGAACAGUAUGCCGAACAAAUUAUACAAACGGAAAACGAGUUGCGCGAGUUAAAGAAUGAAAUUAAACACGAUAUAUCGAUUGUGAAUAACCUCAAGCGUAUGACACUGAACGCGAUAGAGACUGCCGUUGAUUGUGGCGUACCGAUAACUGUCGAUCUUAACGACGACAACGACGGUAGCAAUCGAGCACGUGAACGUAGGAGAGAUGCAAAUGCAGAAAUGCAGUUUGUUGAUAAUAUUUAUGAAUUCUGUGACAAUAACGCAAGCAUGUUGGUAUAAAAUAAGUUAAAUAAAUGAAAUUUUCCGCGUUUUUAAAUCAAAUAUAUUUUUGGUAACACCAAAUGUGCCUAAAUUAGAAUCGACAAAAACUUUCACUUAAAUUAAAAUUUUAAUAAUAAUUAAUUUUAAUUUUUUUUUAAUUUUAUUAUAUAAGUUUUAACUAGUUUAACUUAAACAGGUUACGUGGACAAUAAUUUACUUAAAAAUUGUUUCAUAUUAGAAAAAAUUAAGAUAUCAUACUUGUUAUUAAAUAUAUAAAUAUAAGUAGCAGUACUGCGAACUUGAACUGAUUAAAAUAU